GGUUUUCCUUUGCUCUUGCUGCGGCUUGGAGUUUGGUAAUGCCCAUUGCUCUUAUUGAUUACACGAAACCAUGACUGAUGAAGCAAAUGUUGAAUCCUGGAAUAGAUUUUUAAUUUUUUCUUUCCACUCUUUAUCCAUAAAUUUGCUACCCAAUGCAUGGAGACAUUGGCCGCAUACCAAUUUUUUCAUUUAGCAGCUGUAAACCUCUUACAGACAUCCUUCCUGAGCUUCCUAUUCCCAAAUCUACUCAUGUCUCUAUUGGGGACAAAACUCUUCUGUACGAUUCUGAGCUUGUACUUGACGCUUUUCGGUGUAUAAACGCGACUGACGACCGCAUUGUUCGUCUUUUGGCGCCGGCAAUUGCGUCUGUAUCCGUAGACGACAUAGAAUUCCAGGACGAGUAUUCAAAGCCAUCAAGCACUACGCAAAGUCCUUCUCUUUUGAAAUCAUUACUGGGCAAAGAUGCAUUUUCCCCUCAUCUUGGGUACAAUAAAGAAAAUCCAGUAAUCAAACUGAAGCUCCCACCCGAUAUCCUUGUUUCAUCUAAUAGUGAAACGUAUCCUACAAAAACGAACGUUUCACAAGGAAGCAAUAACGUGACGAUUGGAGCUACGGGGGAGUCUGGUUUUGGUUCCUAUAGCGCCAUAUGCAUCGCCCCUCUUCGCAUCUCAUUGAAGAAAAACAGCAAUUGUGACUCACCUAAAGCUGUUAAACUUAGGAAGCCGAAGAAACAUCACCCUACAUUGCAGGGAGAACAUAAGAUCUCUCAGGAUGCGGAGACUGACACCGGUGGCACAAUAGAAGGCACCAAUGGAAACCAAACAUUUCAACCGACUUGUUCCACUGAACCCACCUCAGGAUCAGAUUCUGUUACCAAAACGCCGAACGUCCAUGUCAGGCCCUCACCUACCGAAGCCCCAAGUUCAGAGAAUGGAUUCACUUCGUCAGGAGGUGCUUUCCUCAGUAUUAUGUCUAAUUCUUCAUCUGUCGAUGUGGAUGGAAGCGCACGUUUGCGCUCCCUUUGUGAGCUGAAGCAGUUGCCCGGGAAUCCUCCUCCUGAGUCAGAUUUUUCUCGUUCGAUCACCCCUCCUGCGGCUUCCCUGCCAUCGACUGAUCCCGGUACAUUGCGGCGCGUUCCGGAUCCAGAAAUUUCUCAGUUAUUUCAUUCUGCCGCCUUAUUUCACGCAUACCAACCUCAUUGUGAGCAGGAAAACGUUGGCCAUUGUGCUGGUGGCGGUUUGUUUGAUGAUUGGAUAGAUUCUCCAUUGAAAUCAAAUGUGAUACCUCAGGUAAUAAACCCUCCAUCAUCAGCUGACUGUGCUCAAUCGUUAUCAGUGUCCAGCCCUUCUUCAUCAGCAGGCGCAGUUUGUCCAUCAAAUCAUAUCCCUUAUUCAGCAGGUGUUGGCAUCGAUCUCCCUCUUUGCUUCUCUCGCAGUCCGCAAUCAGUCAUGUCCAAUCACUCUUCCUAUCCCACGACACCUGGUGACGGGCUAAGCAGUGUUCCAGCAGUUCUCGCGGGUUUACCUGCCAGUGUUCCUUCUCCUCCUCUUCAUUUGAAGUACGCCAAUAUACAUUCAACUAUGCACCCUUCUAUUCGCUUGUUUGACGAUCCGAAAUCAAAAACACCGCUUCUUGAAACUCACGUGGAGGAGCAACCCCGUAUCGCUCCACAUGGCCUCGCCGCCUACCUUCCUCGCUCUAGCAGUUUACGACCUCAGUCCACGAAUUCAGGACAUUCCGAUAUUGUCGCUGAAGGCCUUAGAUCAAUGUCUCCGAAAUCUUGCGCAUCUCCAGAUCGUGCUUUUUCCGGUCCAAAUUCUGUGGGCACUGUAGAAUCAUCUUCCGGACCAUCUUCAACUAACAAGGGUUUCGCAACUGCACCCCUCAGUGUGAAUGCAUCCUGCAGCCGAGCUUCCUGUGAUCCGUCUCCCACAUCAAGGACAAGUUUUGGAGGCCGAUUUGCUGGUAGAAAAGUCCGUGGUGGCCGACGUCGGCGCACUGAAGUGGAGGAGCUUCGAAUUUGGAAUGUGAACGACCACGCACAGCCAGAAAUGGGACCGAAGAGUGGCAACAUAGCCCAAUUUUCAACUGGCGUUGCAGUAGACACAUCGCGGCAAACCGAAGACAAAGGUCCUGCAUUGGUAGGUGCCGUGGAAAGCCCUCUCCCUGAUUGUGCCGGCCCUAGUCACUCCAAAGAUUUUUCUAUUACGGAGUCCGUCGCCGACCACGGUGUAUUCACAGAAGCUUUGGUUGAACGAGUGAAGCGACGCAGACAGCAGCGUGAAGUAGGGUCACAGAGGCGCCAAACCAAUCAUUCCGAUAUUACAUCUGUCCGAUCGUUAGAAUUGUCCCCGGAGUCCACGUCGUCUCCUGCACAGCCUUCGGCCAUAUGCAUGGCUAAUACUGCAUUUUUCGGGUAUGGUUCUUCCCACGACAAUAGAUCCCUUCUGCCCCCUGUACAUAGCAUCCAACCGAAACGCCCGCACACGAGAUCCUCCGAAAGUGAUACAUCUUCCCCUUCUAAUGUCGUAUUCGUCUCUUCCAUUGGCCCCACUAGAUCUAUCGAAUUUAUUUCUGCGCGAAGUAUAUCUCCGCUUCUUUCCACAACCCAGAAGCAGCAUACCAUUACAUGUACAGCUCCUUCCUCCAAACCAGCCUCUCUAGGGUCUUCGAUUGAACCCUCUUUCCCAAUUUCCUGUCAGUCCUCUUCUUGUGACAUCGACAAUCUUAUGAAUUCCACUGAGCGAAUGACUGUGAUAUCAUCAAGAAGCCAUCUCAGAGUACCGGAUUUGCAAAAGUCCAUACCUUCACGCUUGGAUACUGCAUUUCCCACGCAGUCACAGGGUACUGGUGGCGAGUUCAAUGCGCUUCCUAAUAACGACGUGUCUUCCUUGCUCCCCACGGAAAGGGAUCCGCAGUCAAACAAAACUCUGUCAUCGUACACUUUAUCGAACAACCAGAAAAACCGCAAGGAAAGUCCCAUGCCUCCUGCAUUGGUCCCCGCAUAUGCUUACUCUCCAAUCCACUGCAAGACUGGUCGCAUAAGUGGCUAUAUUUCACAUUUUGGGACCAACGAACCAGGUGCGUUCCCUUUUUUAUCUACUGUCGUCCACCUAGCUUAA